CCUUCAGCUGAUUGGUAUUGAGUAACUACGAAUAAAUAAAUAAAAUAAGAACAUGUUGUGCAGGCGUUCAUCGUUAGCCCUGACCUCCAGAUGCCUUCGUCUUUCGUCGACGCAGCAGCACAAAACUGGACAGCCGGGAAAUGACCAGGACACCAACCUCUUGCCCGCCUACUCGGAAAAUGAGCGUCGAAAGAUCCUGCUGACUAUAAACAAAACUGGCACGGAUGAGAUGAUCAGCUACGACAUUACCAAGGCGAGGGCCACCAAGCUGCACAACUGGAAGAUCCGCCACGGUCCGCUGCAGGAGCUCAGUGACAUCCUGUACGUGGAAGGGUUCGGCCUGAAGGCGGCCACCAAGUUCUUUAAGAGCGUGCUCGCGCCUGUGGACAAUGGGAGCAAUGGACCGGAAAAGAAGUCAAAGGCAGCGCGAGUGGCACCGUUCAUAACACCAUCCAUGGAUGAGGCGCAGCGCCAACGAAUCGCUUCCGCCGUGGGCGUGCGCAUCGGGGUGACCAGUGUAAGCUGGGCGCGCUUAGAGAUCGCCAGCAGCGAUGCCCCCUGCCUUCUCACCCAUUGGCACCACCAUGAGCUCAACGAUAAGAAGCUGCACCUGUCAGAGCUUUGCCGCCGCUGCCUUUAUGUCUCCCACCAGAUACCGCAGGCCGAUUGCUACGUACUAGAGAGUCCGCAGAUGGCACAGGUCAGCAGCAAUCCGGGAAGCAUCGAUCAACAGAACGUAAACAUCCAGAAGGCCCAAGUGGCCGCCAUCAUGAGCUACUCGCUGAUGGCCCGGUCGGAUGCCGAUGAAAAUAAGGCCAACAACCUCUACUACAUGCGCCGGUUCCUCUCAGCUCGUCUCUUCAAUCACCUGGUAGGCACGGAGCGCGUGUCUUCUGAAGACACAAUAUUGGCCAUGAUGCGGACUCAUUAUAACGUGGAACAUCAGCUCCCCGGAACAGAGUCUCCGCUGAGUCUGCGCCGACAAGUGCACUUUCCAGCUGACCUCCGCCUCAUUUUCGCGCAGCAGGAGCGCUACCAGCGCGAGCUUCUGGGCCAGGCCUUUUUACUUAGCUUGGCCUUUACUCGCCUCGUUCUCUUGCAGGACGCGAUGAGCAUCGCUCGGGUGACCCGAAACGCAAAAAUCUCCGCUUCGAGCGAGACAGCUUGCGAAGCUAGUGCAUUGCAAUAACUAUUAGGGAUUGUCAUUGAGUUCCACCAUUGUACUCGUUUUAUAAAAUCCCAAAACAGAGUAAAAGACUCAGCUGAGUACCACGUCCUUAAAUCUAAAACCCGCCUGGCGACCACAUUGUCCUUCGCUGGUUGGUGCUAGCGUCGGGUCCAGGAAUUUAAUAUUGAACUUUGUAAAGGGUAUCUAAUAGUCCAGGCACUUAUCUUAAGCGUGACAUGUUUCAUGGUACAAUUCCGUUGUCGUCCGAUUUCUAUAAAAUGUAAUUCUAAAUUAGUAAAUAAUUUGUUUUUAGAUGCUAUAACGGAGAGUAAUGUUAAAAACAUGUAAAAUUUUAUUUUUCAGUAUGAAGAACAUUGUUGACGUGUCAAAUUUAAAAGUGUUAAAAUGUACAAAAUAAUUGUUAGCACACACAGCUGUUUUGAACAUAACGUCGUGCUAAAAGCACAAUUGGUUUGUGUGUAAACGAUUAUAUUUUAAAUUUAAACAUUAUUGCAUUUGACAACAAUUUUUUAAGGUCAUUUCUUUACAAUAAACAUGUUAAAAACCAG